UCCACGUAGCCCCGGGACGCCAGCAGUGGACAGUGACAUACCGAGGGAGGCACGCUGUACCUGAGCGUUAUUUGCACCUGGCUCUUCUAUCAGUGGCCAACGAGCAUUCAGCAAGAUCGGUCGGACUGGGCACUGAAGUCAUAGCUUAACCAAAGAUGGCGGGAGACAGUGUGGCAGCAGUAGAACCGGAGCGGGGCAGCUGGGGUGGCAAACUGGACUUCUUCAUGUCGUGUGUCGGGUACGCCGUCGGACUUGGCAACGUCUGGAGGUUCCCCUAUCUGUGCUUCAGGAAUGGCGGAGGGGCCUUCCUGGUGCCCUACGUGAUAAUGCUGGCGCUGGCAGGACUCCCAAUGUUCUUCUUCGAGUUGGCCCUUGGUCAGUUCGCCUCCCUGGGUCCAAUCAGCAUUUGGCGCGUCAACCCGCUGUUCAGGGGUAUCGGGUUUGCUGUGGUAAUGAUAUCGACUAUGGUGUGCGUCUACUACAACGUCCUCAUCAUGUACGGCAUGUUCUACCUCAUGGUGUCCAUCAUCAGCCUCGACGGCGACCUCCCUUGGAUGAGCUGCACCAACUCCUGGAACACUCCAGCAUGCACGAUGGAAGCUAGACCAUCGUUUGACAACCUCACCGACGUCGACAAACUCAACAUCACUAUGAGGCACAUGGAGCCAGACUGUGUUAACACGACACUAAGUCAAAUGAACCUCAACUACAGCGACCUGACCUACAACCUGACCAUCAGCAACUUCACCGCCUGCAACGACACCAAGAGUUGGAGACUGAUCACACCAAGCGAGGAGUAUUGGUCUAACUUCGUGUUAAACAUCGACCAGGCCGAGGACCUGGGAAACGUGGGCGGAGUCAGCCUCAAGCUGGCCUUUGUCCUCCUCUUGUCCUGGAUCGUCCUCUUCUUCUGCCUCAAGAAGGGAGUGCAGACAUCGGGCAAGGUGGUGUAUUUCAUGGCGACCUUCCCCUACGUCGUGCUCGUCUGUCUGCUGGUCCGGGGGGUCACUCUGGACGGCUACAUGCUCGGCAUCAACUUCUACAUCAUUCCCAAGUGGGAGCGACUACUCGACGUCACGGUGUGGCGGGAAGCUGCCACCCAGAUCUUCUACUCCCUGGGGCCGGGGUUCGGCAGUCUCAUCACCAUGGCCAGCUACAACCCCUUCAAACACAACUGUCACAGGGAUGCCAUCAUCGUGUCCCUCAUCAACUGCGGCACCAGCGUGUUCGCCGGCUUCGUCAUCUUCUCCGUGCUCGGCUUCAUGGCGCACACCACCAACCAGGACGUGCAGGAUGUUGCCGUGGAUGGUCCUGGGCUGGUGUUUGUGGUGUACCCAGAAGGCAUUGCGCGCAUGCCGGUGGCCCCACUGUGGGCGUUCCUGUUCUUCUUCAUGCUGGUAGCUCUGGGACUGGACUCACAGUUCGGAAUGAUGGAAUCCAUCAUCAGCGCCAUCAUAGACGAAUUCCCCGCCUUUCUGCGCAGACACAGAACAAUAUUUACUUUAUUCUGUCAUCUGACCGGUUUUCUACUGGGUUUGCCACUUGUCACAAAGGGUGGAAUUUGGGUACUGACACUGAUGAACGACUAUUGUGCCAGUUACGCACUGUUGUUAAUCUGCCUGUGUGAGCUGGUCGCCGUCAUAUGGGUGUAUGGGUUAAAGAAGUUCUGUAGAGAUGUGGAACUCAUGCUGGGGUUCCAGCCCAACUACUACUGGCAGGCCACGUGGCUGGUCGUCACGCCCCUAGCCAUCAUUGUGAUGAUCGUCGUAUCCUUCGUCCAGUAUAGCCCCAGUUACUAUGGCGACUAUAUGUUCCCACCGUGGGCCCAAGAUGUUGGAUGGGUGAUGGUGAGCGUGCCCAUUGGUGUCAUCUUCGUUACCAUGGUGAUACAGAUCAUAAGGCAUGGCUCCAUCAGAAAUGCUGUGAAGCCGACUGACAGCUGGGGCCCAGCGAAACCUGCACAUCGGACGGGCAAAUACGCCAUUACCAACCCAGCAUUCCAGCAAGAUGGCGAAACCGAAACGAAAAAUGGCAGUCUUCCAAACAGUGAUAUAGAAAUGGCUGUUGGUAAAGAUAUAUUGGAGGACACAGAUCGAACAACUAAAUUUUGAUUUGAUUUCAUCCUGACCUUCACGAUCAUGUUUGCAGCAAUCUUCAACAUACGGGUCACAGCGCUAACUCACCAAUGAUUAGCAACUUUUUACACAAUACGUUAUACAAGCUGGUGUGUGAGUGAGUGAGUGAGUGAGUAUGGUUUGUGCCUUUCGGCAAUAUUCAAGCAUUGUCAAGGGCUUUACACAUUGUACCAAUGUGGCGAAAAUACAUAAUGUAACCAAUGACGACCAAUUAAUCAUUAUCGAUUGAACAGACGAUGGACGUACAAGGUGUUUGAAAUAUAGUUUGGCAUUUUUGGAGCUCUGAUAGUACCAGCCGGGGAACUGUUUGCCAGGACCAAUCACCCACCUCAAUCUGAGAACAGAAUGCGCACAUAAGAAGUGUUUAUUUUUCAUUUGCAAAUGCGAAUAUGGGUAGAGAAUGGGGACAAGGUUAAAUCAGAUGAAUCGACGAUUAAAUUACAUUUCCCAGGGAAUCAAACCCGACAUCUACAUAUUUAAACUUCGGACCUUAUCCAUCACAGCGAAACUCUCGCAAACAGAGAUUGAUCGCCUCUUCUUUACCGACAGACUUACUACAAUCAUGCAUUCAUAUGAUGUAGCACGUAAUUGUAAACAUCAAUGCAUGUAUGGGCAUCACGAGUGCACGGCAAGGGCAGAUGUGUUAAGACUAUUUAUGUAACUACUGUAAUACACUGCCGGGCAAAAGCAAAUAUACACUUGAAAAUUAGUUUUGCCUCAAAAAUUACAAACGUUAGCAAAACGUUACUAGGCUUAUGGUUCAAAACACAACUAUGAUGUCGUAUCAAAUACAUCUCCAUCAAAAAAUCAUUUCUUGUACAGGAAGAGAAUUUAUGGAUGUCAACUUCUUUAUUCUGAGAAAUACAGCUUUCCGGAGUAUAUAGUUACUCCAUCAGGUAAGUAAGCAUAUACUCCGAAACGUUGUGUUCCGCAUAAUAAAGAAGUUGACAUCCAUAAAUUCUCUUCCUUAUAUGUGUCACAUCUGAAUGCCGAUCAAAUACUUCAUUUCUUGUUUGUUUUAGCCAAACACCAGUGUAUAUUUUCUUUCGAUAAUGAACUAUAAUUUUGAAUAAAAU